UAUAAAAAUAACAAUAAUGAUUAAAAUAAAUACAACUUUCUAGUUUGAUUCGCAAAUAAAUUUUUAUCAAACUGCUGGAGAAAAUCGGCAUUUUACUUUUGAGAGAGAGAUUACACUCAUUAUUAAGUUUAUUAACAUCAUCUAUGCCCAAUUUUGUAUGUAUAUUGAUUGGGUAUUUUCCGUGACUAAUAAGAACCUUAAUAAUAAUAUUAAAAAAAAAUUGAUACUCACCAAUGGGUCAUCAUAUGUUCCACAAUCCAUUUGCCCUUUUGCUACUUGGUCUGCAUCAACACCUUUUAUAUGCUCAAUGCGAAGAGAGAGAUUGAAACAAUAUUCCCCAUAAUCAAAUCAGGAUAUUGCAGCUUUUUCUUCUUCUGUAUUUCCCGUCCUUUGCAACAACAGUGCAAUGAAUUGAAUAAGAGGCUGAAAAUGAUAAUGCCAAGUCUAUCAAAACUCGGCAUCCGACAAGUCCAGAAAGAUAAUUGCCUCAUUCGGUAUCUUUCCUUUUUAGCUUACCAAACUAAUGCAGAUCUACUUCGACCACAGAUGGUCCUCCACACUCAGCGGUCUCGUGAACGUUGUGUGUCAAAAUGCUCACGUUUCUCAAUCAUGAAUCAUCACUAACUCACUGUUAAAGUAGACCAGGCAAGAGUACCAUUGUGCACGAAAGAAGACAGUAGUAGUUAAUCCAUGAAGCAAAACCAUGUUAUCCACUGUUCACUAACAGCAAAACUAAAUCUCAAGUCUUGUGUGAGAAUAACCAUAGCCAAUAGUCACACAUAUCACUGUCAGUGUCCACAUCUGAAAGUGCAGAAAUAGAUCCAAAUCACAUAUUUUCCCCACAUGAUGUUUGUUUUUACUGCUAUCUUUGCAUCCAGUACUUUUGAUCUGCUUUUCACCUGUCAGAAUAAAGGGAAAAAGCAGUAUGCUAAAGCAUAAUCAUCAUCUCCAUCUACCUAGUCUUGAGAAGCUCAAGUACCAGUCACAGGGCUGUGGAGAAGAUGGGCAGCCAUGGUGGUGGUGGAGGAAAUAUGAAUUGGGAUGGCUCUUCCUACAUUUCCAAGUCUUCUAAAGGUUCAAGGAGUUGGGGGAGGAAGAGCAGCAGGGCUCAGGGAGUGUGGGGGGAUAGCAGUGUGGGGAUGGAGAAGAAGAGGGUGAUGGUGGUGGUAGACCAGAGUGGGAAGGCCAAGGAAGCCAUGAUGUGGGCAUUGACUCAUGUGGCAAACAAAGGGGACCUCCUCACUCUCCUCCUUUGCCUUCCUCCUCGCAGAGUUGGAGACUCUGAGCUGCACAACUUUGCAGACUCUCUUGCCUUAUUGUGCAAAUCCACCAAGCCAGAGGUGGAAGUGGAAGCACUUGUAAUGGAAGGACCAAAGCUGGAAACUGUCCUCAGCCAAGUCAGGAAACUGGAAGCAUCAGUUCUAGUAUUGAGCCAGAGCAAACCCUCCCUAUGUUGCUGUUUGUUUAAUACAAGCAGCGAAGACUUCGUAGAGCAGUGCAUCGAUGAAGCUCAGUGCCUCACAUUAGCCGUGAGGAAGCAAAGCAUGGGAGUAGGUGGCUACCUGGUCAGCACUAAAUGGCAGAACAACUUCUGGCUCCUGGCCUAAUUAAAAGAAAUCAUGCCACAUCCUUCUCAUAGUUGUCUAACAAUGUUAGCAUUGUUGUAAGAUGAGCUACAAUAACAAUUGUAGUGCCUGAACUGAGCCAACAGUUAAAACUCUAGUGUGUAUGUUUAUGGAUUGGAGUGUCUUCUGAGUUCUGAUACAAGAUAAUAAGUUAAUACUCAAUCAUGUUGCCCAAAGUCAGGUUAGUCAAAGUCAUGCGCAUGUCUUAACAUCACAUAUCAUAGCACAUUAUGGACUAAUAGCAUAAUCUCAUUGGAAUCCUUAUAUCUACAUCAGUGAUAUCAUAAAUGUGUUGACAAAAGGAACAAUAUAAAAACAGAAAAGAACAUAGAACUAGCCACAUGCAAGCAUAAGGAGAUCUAGUUUAGUUCAUUCUUUACCAUAUUAUACGCCCACACAUUAAUGGUUCUAUGAAGCAUUGGUGCAAUUCUAAAAUCUAUGCUUUA